GAACCACGUCGAGAGAGAGCGCGACGCCGCGGGCGAAAGGCGAAAGGAUGGACGAUGGCCCGCUUAUCUAUCCCGACUCGCGCGUCGUCGUCGUCGUCGUCGUCGUUGGCGUCGUUGUCGUUGUCGUCGUCGGCCCUCAGGGACUGUACAAAUUGCGCCAUCCUCCGUCGUCGCUGGCGUGCCAUGCCUGGGAAAACUGCCUCGCUUGAUUCCCGUGCCGAAUCUCGACGCUGAACGUCUUUCCCUCGCGUCUCGUCUUCGUCGUCCUGAGCGUCUCUGGCGGGCAGGCCUCUGGCUCUCGAGGCUGAAGGCAGAGCAUGGAAGCGAGUGGUUAGGACUCAGACUUCUUCACGCGACGACGAGUCGAAGCAUUCGUGCCGAGCGAGCCUGCAGUUCGGAGCCUGUGCUUUCGAUUUCGGACGCCGUGCUGAUUUUAUCCGCUGGCGAUUUUUAGUUUGAAAAAUCCGAGGGAGGUGCCUCGAGAACUCGGCAGCGAGGGGAGAUGGCGGGUGCUGCGCGUACUUUCCACGCGUGCUCGAUUGCUUUCAACCCGGUGAAAGCCCAAAUUGGUCGGGAAGAAUGUAAUAUGAAGCUUUUGCGGGUAUCAGAACUUCCAGAUGGUAGCUUACACUUUGCAUUUGGAGUUGCUCAAGAGGGAUCGUCUUCUGGAAGUAUACCUGAUGCCAAUAUGGAUGCUCAACCUAUGGUGGCUGGAAGCCAACCUCCCGCACGUUUGCCCUCAGCAUUCCAAAAGAAGUCUCCCAUCUCUUUAUCAGUGAGGAGAGGAGAAUUGCCUAUAAGGACGAAGGAAGAUCCGCGUAUGGAACCUGAAUUUCCGAAAGCAGUUCCCGUCGAAGAGGUUCCUUCGGAUGACCUAAAGAAGAAUGACGCUCAUGUUACUGACGCAGGCGAGGAAACUACGUCACGUGUAUCACAAGAGGCAGUGAGUAGCCCCCGGCAGCCAAGUCGACAGAGUCAGAAGCCCUUGAGGAUGAAAUCAACUUUUGUAAAGCAGUCUCCAGUCCCCGCUAGCAUCGGAGCCACACAUACUACCCUGAACGUCUCUUCGGAGUCGAGUGUCGCAAAGGAUGGAACAAAGAGGACAACAAGCGAGAUAAAUGUACAGAUCUCAACCUUGGAAACAUCUGAAUCCACUAGAGGCGAUAGGGCCGUUCGCAAUGGUGUCGAGGUACAGGUCGAUAUUUCUACGCAUUCUGAAAAUGUCACUCCUGAGACUGUAAGGGAACAUGUGGCGGAUGAGUCUCAAACCUCAGCUAAGGCCUCUCCAAAUGAUGUGCUUGCAGGUAGUGAAACUACCAGUGCAACCAUUGCUCGGGACGUAGAGGAAUUUGCACCACUAAACAUCCAGGGAUUGUCGGUGUUGACGGGUUUAGAAAGCCUGCCUGAGCAGCGUGAAGAGACUGGCAUGGGAUUUAAUGCGGAGGUUAUCGAAAAUAUCAACGCUUCUAAGGUAGCAGAAUUGGAAAGCAUGGAAGACGUGGAGGAGUCUCAAACCUCAGCUAAGGACUCUCCAAAGGAUGAUGUUGAGGGUAGUGAAACUACUAGCGCAACUAUUGCUCGGGACGUAGAGGAAGUUGCAGCUCUAAUCGUCGAGGGACUGCCGGUGUUGACGGGUACAGAAAGCUUGCUUGAGCAGCGUGAAGAGACUGGUAUGGAAUCUAAGGCGGAAUUUAUCGAAGAUAUCAACGUAUCUAAGACAGGAGAAUCGGAAAGCAUGGCAGACUUGGAGGAGGAGUCUCAAACCUCAGCUAAGGACUCUCCAAAUGAUGUGGUUGAAGGUAGUGAAACUACUAGCGCGACUAUUGCUCGGGACGUAGAGAAAGUUGCAGCUCUAAUCGUCGAGGGACUGCCGGUGGUGACGGGUACAGAAAGCUUGCCUGAGCAGAGUGAAGAGACUGGUAUGGGAUCUAAGGCGGAAAUUAUCGAAGAUAUCAACGCUUCUGAGGUAGCAGAAUCGGAAAUCACAGCAGACGUGGAGGAGGAGUCUCAAACCUCAUCUGAGUACUCUCCAAAUGAUGUGGUUGAAGGUAGCGAAACUACAAGCGCGACCAUUGCUGGGGACGUAGAGGAAGUUGCAGCUCUAGAGGUCGAGGGACUGCCGGUGUUGAUGGGUUUAGAAAGCUUGCAUGAGCAGCGUGGAGAGACUGAUAUGGGAUCUAAGGCGGAUAGUAUCGAAGAUAUCAACGCUUCUGAGGUAGCAGAAUCAGAAAUCACAGCAGACGUGGAGGAGGAGUCUCAAACCUCAGCUAAGGACUCUCCAAAUGAUGAUGUUGAAGGUAGUGAAACUACUAGCGCAACUAUUGCUCGGGACGUAGAGGAAGUUGCAGCUCUAAUCGUCGAGGGACUGCCGGUGGUGACGGGUACGGAAAGCUUGCCUGAGCAGAGUGAAGAGACUGGUAUGGUAUCUAAGGCGGAAAUUAUCGAAGAUAUCAACGCUUCUGAGGUAGCAGAAUCGGAAAUCACAGCAGACGUGGAGGAGGAGUCUCAAACCUCAUCUGAGGACUCUCCAAAUGAUGUGGUUGAAGGUAGCGAAACUACAAGCGCAAUCAUUGCUGGGGACGUAGAGGAAGAUGAAGCUCUAGAGGUCGAGGGACUGCAGGUGUUGACGGGUACAGAAAGCUUGCCUGAGCAGCGUGGAGAGACUGAUAUGGGAUCGAAGGCGGACAUUAUCGAAAGUAUCAACGCUUCUGAGGUAGCAGAAUCGAAAAGCAUGGCAGACGUGGAGGAGGAGUCUCAAACCUCAGCUAAGGACUCUCCGAAGGAUGUGGUUGAAGGUAGGGAAACUAACAGCGCAACCAUUGCUCGGGACGUAGAGGAAUUCGCAGUUCCAAACAUCAAGGGAUUGUCGGUGUUGACGGUUUCAGAAAGCUUGCCUGAGAAGCGUGGAAAGACUGGUCUGGGAUCUAAGGCGGAUAGUGCCGAAAAUCUCAAUGCCUAUAAGCUAGCAGAAUUGAAAAGCAUGGCAAAGAGUAGAGGUUUGAGAGGGUAUUCGAAAUUAAAAAAGGGGGACUUGAUUGAGCUUCUAAGUAAACUAGACUAGAGCAGAGAGACAUGCGCCAACUUUGUUCUAUGAGAUGUUAGUUCUAUUCCCCUUCUCUCAAAUUGCCGAGCGGUAGAAAUGGUCGGAUCUAGCUCAAAUAACUACAUCCGAUAGACGCCGAGCAGGCUUGCGUGUACCCUUCCAGCUAGAGUUUUCCCCUAUCUCCUUGUCCGUUAUUCUCAGGUGGACACACAAGUGUCUUGGGUCCUGAAUGGUAGACAAUUGUGGAGUGAAAAUCCCUGUAUUUAGAUCUCCUAUUAGCAUUCAUUCCUAGCACGUGAGAUAGGGUCCGCAUGAUGCUAAGUAUCGGCAACAAUUUUGUGGAAAUUUAGACGGGCGCUCUUCACGUGUUCUUACAGGGGUCAGUGUAAGUGAAGGAGACGAAGGUCAUCCGCUUUUGGAACAUGUUUCCUUUAUGAAUUUUGUAACGUAAUUGAAAUCAAGUUCAUUCCAAAAUGCCGAUCC